AUGACGCCAUUGGACAGGACAGGACGCGGGGCUGCGGUGGCGGCCCGCACUCGGCUCACCCCAUUUCCGACGCCCCUUGGCGAGCGCAGCAGCCGGCGGCCCGUGGCGGCGCGGCCUGGGGGCUUCCCGGUGCGGCAGGCGGCGGGGGGUGGCGGCCUCCUCCGGGCGCGGCCGGACCGCCACGUGGCCAAGGGCGACAAGGCCGGCCUGGGCGCCAGCGCGGCGCCUGAGUCACGUGGCCGUUGGCGGCCGGGGACGAGCCCGGCGCGGACCCUCGGGGCCUGCGUCCCGAGCAUGGCGUCCGCGGCGGCGGCUUGCACGCGUCGGAGCCCGGACGCGCGGGACGAGGACGAGAACCGUGACUCGGAGGACGCGGACAGCGUCUGGGGCUCGGACACCUCCGCGGGCAGCGGCUCCACUGAUUUUGAACCUGAGUGGCUGGACAGUGUGCAAAAAAGUGGUGAGCUGUUUUAUUUGGAAUUGAGUGAAGAUGAAGAAGAAAGCAUUUUUCCUGAGACAUCGACUGUGAACCAUGUCAGAUUCAGUGAAAAUGAGAUUAUCAUUGAGGAAGAUAAUUACAAGGAAAGAAAAAAGUAUCAACCCAAACUCAAACAGUUUACUAAAAUUUUAAAAGGUGAUGUCCUUGUUGCUGUGAAUGAUGUUGCUGUGACCUCAGAAAACAUAGAGAGAGUUCUGUCUUGUAUUCCUGGACCCAUGCAGGUGAAACUGACAUUUGAAAAUGCAUAUGCUGUGAAAAAGGAAACUAUCCAACCAAGAAAGAAAAAGACACAGACAAACACAAGUGAUUUAGUGAAGCUCUUCUGGGGAGAGGAGGUUGACAGCAUCCAGAAUCCUCCACAUUCUCCACACAUCAUCAUGUAUCUCACACUGCAUCUUGACUCGGAAACCUCAAAGGAAGAGCAGGAAAUUCUGUAUCAUUAUCCAAAGUCUGAAGCAUCUCAGAAACUAAAAAAUGUGAGAGGGAUUUUUCUCACACUCUGUGACAUGCUGGAAAAUGUAACCGGGACACAAGUUACCAGUUCAUCCCUCCUUUUAAAUGGGAAGCAAAUUCAUAUAGCUUACUUGAAAGAGUUUGACAAGUUGUUGUUAAUUGGCCUACCUGCUGAAGAGUAUCAACUUACCAAGCAGGAUGGGAGAGGCUUCACCUCGUUCUCCAGGCCCAAGUGUAGACAUGAAAGUAUAGAUGAAAAUUUGAUGCAGACUCUGAGAAACGCCAGCGGCAAGAGCAAGUUCUGAUGGGAUCCGAUCCGUCCAGACCAUCCCACGUUGGUCUAUACACCAUGAACCUAUAUUCGUGAUUCCAAGCUUCCAGGUUCUCCCCAUUUUAUCCUGACACUCUUGUGUGUUUUCUUCUCAAAAUGCCUAUAGUCAGAGGAAGACAACAUGCAUCAAAGUCUGAAAAUCAUGGAAAACAAAGACUAGAGAGAAAGAACCAGGGCCAAGAGCUGAGGCACUUGCCUAGCUUGUGGGAGGCCCUGGAACACUGGAAUUCAGCUACAGGAAAUUGAAACACCUUUGUGUACCUAAUAAUGUGUAAAAGAGGGCUAGGAACAUGGCUUAGUGGCAAAGUGCUUGCCUAGCAUGCAUGAAGCCCUGGGU